GUCCCCCUCCAGGCAUUGGUUCGCGCCGCGGGCCGAGCCCAGCUCUGCGCAUGCCCAGUGCACGCAGCGCGGCGCAGCUGGAGGUAGCUGCUCGGUUGUUGCCAUUGCUGCUCGCCGUCAUGGCCCUAUCGGUGCGAGUCGUUUAUUGUGGCGCUUGAGGCUAUAAGCCCAAGUAUCUCCAGCUCAAGGAGAAGCUGGAAGAUGAGUUCCCCGGAUGCCUAGACAUCUGUGGUGAGGGGACGCCCCAGUCCACCGGCUUCUUUGAAGUGACCAUAGCCGGGAAGCUGGUUCACUCCAAGAAGGGAGGUGAUGGCUUCGUGGACACGAACAGCAAGUUUCGGAAGCUGGUGGCCGCCAUCAAAGCCGCCUUGGCUCAGGGCUAGUGCACCCUGAAGGCAGAGCUCAGGAACUUGACCCCACCUCAGCCAGCGAUGCUUCAUGACGGGAGGGACUGAAAUGUCUCUGGAUGCCUGGUCUUUCCCCGAUGCUCUCACCGCUGCUGGGUUGGAUGGAGGUCGAUGCCGCAGUCUCUGCCUCUGUGGGAUGUGUGUCUGCCAGAAUCUGCCCCUGCACACCUCCCGGUCCCCACUCCCUGCCUCACCCCCCAUACCUCGGGUCCCCCUCCGAAUUGGUGACAUCUGGCCUCAGGCUUCCUCCUCCAGGGGAGCUGAGGGUCAGGGUAGGGACCCCGUUUCCAGUAACAGAGGCCAAUGAAGAAAUGGUUCACAGUAAUAAAGGUGAAUGAGUGCA